CUCUCUCUCUCUCUCUCUGUCUCUCUCUCUGUCUGUCUCUGUCUCUCUCUCUCCCUCUCUCUCUCUCUCUCUCUCUCUCUCUCUGUCUCUCUCUCUGUCUCUCUCUCUGUCUCUCUCUCUGUCUCUGUCUCCCUUUCUCCAUCGUACCGGCCCGGGCUCGCGUGUCACGUAGACGAGGAACCACGGGAGAGAGGAGCCUCCUCGUUCCCCGCCCCUGACCCUUCCGUUCCCUGGCCGCCGCAGGUCAUCGUCAGCAAGGCGACCAUGAUCGUCAACCAGCUGGUGAAGAAGGACGCCUCGUGUCGCGCCCUGGAGCAGUCCCCGCAGAUGGUGGCGGCCGUGGUCCGUACCAUGCAGAACACCAGCGACAUGGAGACGGCCCGGUACGCGGCCGGCAUCCUCCACAAUUUCUCGCACCACCGCGACGGCAUGCUUGCCAUCUUCAAGUCCGGCGGGAUCCCGGCACUGGUCAGGAUGCUGAGCUCCCCCGUGGAGUCCAUCUUGUUCUACGCCAUCACGACCCUGCACAAUCUGCUCCUGCACCAGGAGGGGGCGAAGAUGGCCGUGCGGCUGGCCGAUGGUCUCCAGAAGAUGGUUCCUCUGCUGAAGAAGAGCAACGUCAAGUUCCUCGCCAUCACCACCGACUGCCUGCAGCUGCUGGCCUACGGCAACCAGGAGAGCAAGCUGAUCAUUCUCGCGAACGGAGGCCCGGCGGCCCUCGUCCACAUCAUGAGGACCUACAACUACGAGAAGCUGCUCUGGACCACCAGCCGGGUGCUGAAGGUCCUCUCCGUCUGCCCCAGCAACAAGCCCGCCAUCGUGGAAGCAGGUGGAAUGCAGGCCCUGGGGUUCCACCUGAACAACUCGAGCCCCAGGCUGGUGCAGAACUGCCUGUGGACGCUGAGGAACCUCUCUGAUGCAGGAACGAAGCAGGAAGGGCUGGACCCCCUCCUCGCCAGCAUGGUGCAACUCCUGGCCUCCGAUGACAUCAACGUGCUGACCUGCGCCACGGGCAUCCUUUCCAACCUGACCUGCAACAACUCCAGGAACAAGAUGGUGGUCUGCCAGUCCCGGGGCAUCGUGGCGCUGGUCCACACCAUGCUGCGGGCCGGGGAGAAGGAGGACAUCAUGGAGCCGACCGUCUGUGCCCUCCGCCACCUCACCAGCCGGCACCCGGAGGCCGAGGUCGCCCAGAACGACGUGCGCAUCAACUACGGCAUCCCCACCGUGGUGGGGCUCCUGAACCAGCCCUUCCACUGGCCGCUGAUCAAGGUGAUUCGAACUCGGCCCCGCCACCGCCGUCCCCCCACCGCUAACCCUUGGGAUGGUGGGAGGCAACCAUGGCACCGGGAGGGGUCUCACCUCAUCGGGGUCCACGCCGUGCGGGGGGCGGGAGGGAAGGAAGACGGCCGCUGCGGGAAUGACGGCGUGCGAAUGGACGAGAUUGUGGAGGGCUGCACCGGGGCCUUGCACAUCCUGGCCCGCGAUCAGACUAACCGGGCGCUCAUCACUCAGCUCAACACCAUCCCGCUCUUUGUCCAGCUCCUGUUCUCCCCGGUCGAGAACAUCCAGCGCGUGGCGGCGGGCGUCCUGUGCGAGCUGGCCCAGGACCGGGAGGCUGCGGAGGAGAUGGACCAGGAGCAGGCCACGGUGCCCCUGACCGACAUGCUGCACUCGUCCAAUGAGGGCAUCGCUACCUACGCGGCCGCGGUCUUGUUCCGGAUAUCGGAGGACAAGCCCCAGGAUUACCGGAAGAGGCUGUCCGUCGAGCUGACCAGCACCCUGUUCAGGAAUGACCCGGAGGCCUGGGACGCGGUUGACCGAUUGAUGGCUGCUGACGGCUACCAGCCAGAGACCAGCAUCCCGUACAACUCCUUUGGGAAUCACGAGCCUGACCUGCCCGCUGACUACAACAUGAUGGCGUAGGUGGAACGCAGCAAAUCAUGAACAGGCCCGGUGCUGAGCGAGGGAGGCGUGCGAGGCUGCUUUUGACAGACUGUGGCAGAGUUUCGGAGGGGGGCAAGUGGCUGGCGUGACACAGAGCGUCUGUGUGGGGGGGGAAGCUUUGCCCGCAACCUCUCGGCGAGGAAUUAAUUGAGGAAACUUUUCGACGCCUUGAUUGAACGAACUUCACAGGCCCGGCUGAGGUUCGACUCCUGUCUGACCUGUCUCUUUAACACGACUUCACACCUUAAUUUCCCCAAAAGCUUUGAACGUUUGGAAUCGCAGUUUGAUUUUUUUUUUAAACCAAAGGUCGACAAGUCUCACUUUUUAUUAAGCAGGUUUCUAGCUUUAGAUUAUAUAGGGAUGCGAUCGCUUGUCUUUGCACUCGGUGUUUGGAACGCCGCGUUAACAGAGAAGGUGGGGCGGAAGGAGGUUUAACCUCUCCCCGGGGGUGGUGGGGGGGAUCUGCCGGGAGAAGCCACGUUGUCUCUCCUGUCCCUCCGGCCCGCAGACGCCUCUCCGGUGGAACCUGGGGAUUCGCGCCCCCACCCCCGGUGGGAGAGACCCUCUCUGUUUACCAAGGCGCUCCGAGCUUGGCAGGUGUAGGUCUCCCUCCGGUGAAUGCAGUUAUGGGGGGGGGGGGGUGAGGGGUGCAGUUGCAAUUCGGCCCCCCUGGGGGACAACCUGCCAAGUCCAAGCCUGGGCUUUGUCCGGAACGAGCAGGGAGUAAACCCCCCCGGGCCACCAUCCCACCGGAGACAGCAGUACCCCAGGGUGAAUCUGUUUUCUAUUAAUGGGGCUGGAGUUUGUGUCUGUCCUUUUUUUUUAAAAAAAAAUGCUGUAACCAUUUUAAAAGAGCUUUCAGGUUAAUCGCUGAUUCCUUUAAUUGUACAUUUACAUGUUGGGUGCAGGAUAUCUACACGAGAGCAUGGUUUCAGUAAAGCACCUUUGAUAAUUCCUGUAAGUUUUUGUAAAAAGGAAAUUAAAAAAAAAAUAUAUCCCAA